CUAUUUGAAAGAUAACAGUUGGCAAUCGUGAAUACUGAUUGUUAAGAACAAUUGUGUGUGUAAUCUGUUAACAAUAUUAAUAACUAUUAAUAAAAUGUCUGAUCGUUUAACCCAAUUACAAGAUCUUGUUAACCAGCAAGCAGAUAAUUUUUGCAAUGCAAUCGGAGUUUUGCAACAGAAUUCAACGCCUACAAAAUUUUCUUCCUCUGAUCGAAAUGACAGUCAAACCCCAAAUCAGGCCCCAAAUCAGCAACAGAGCCAGGAAGAUUAUACCCAGUUGUUCUCUACUCUCAUCUCAAGGUGUGCAAAAGAUAUUGAUACACUAAUUGAAUCUCUUCCCAAUGAGGACAGUUCAACAGAGCUACAAAAUAAUAGCUUAAGAGUUCUUGAAACUGAAAACCAAGAAGCUGCUGAUAGAUUAGAAAAGAUGGUGGCAAGGGGUGAACUGUUAUUGGAAAAAAUACAAAGUGCACUUCGUCAUAUAGCACAAGCUCAACUGGAUAUGCAAAUUCCUUCUUCAUCUAUAGAGGCUGCAAAAGAUGCAUAA